AUGGAAUGCAACAAAGAAGAGGCAGUAAGAGCAAGGGAACUUGCCGAGAAGAAAAUGCAGGCCGGUGAUUACACUGGGGGACGAAGGCUGGCACUAAAAGCUCAGCAACUCUAUCCAGAGAUUGAAAGCCUGUCCCAAUUGUUAGUGGUUUGUGAUGUCCACCUUUCUGCUGCUAACAAACUAAACGGUGUUGACAUCGAUUGGUAUGCGAUUCUCCAGAUCGAACACUUCUCAGACGAUGCUAUCAUUAGGAAGCAAUACAAAAAGCUUGCAUUUUCACUUCAUCCGGACAGGAACAAGUGUCCUGGUGCAGAGGCUGCUUUCAAGCUCAUUGGUGAAGCAAAUAGGGUGCUUACUGACUCAAUAAGCCGUUCUAUUUUCGAUUCAAAAUGCAGAGUGGUAAGACCAGCCCCUCCCAAAGUAGCAGCAGCAAAUCAUAUGAACAAGAAUCCACCUAGUGGUUCUACUCAUCAACCGGCUCAACCACAACAUGUAGGAUCACAAUCUUAUCCACAGCCACCACAACAAACGUUUUGGACCUGUUGCACAUCUUGUAAGGUAAAGUUUCAGUAUUAUGCACACUUUAGGAAUCGGAUGCUGCGUUGUCAAAAUUGCAAUCAGACCUUCGUUGCACGUGAUGUGAUCAACGUAGGCGGGCAACCACCUGGAUCCUCUUAUUCUAAUUCUGCCGGUCAGUCGCACAGAUUCAGUAAUGUUCAUGGACAUGGUAAUGUUGGUCCACAAAGUAAUGGUGGUGGCAGCUACACCUUUGCCGGUGUUGAGUUAAGACCUACUGGAAGAAAAGCUGCAGCUAUUCGUGGGGAUUCUAAAAUGGGAGAGGCAAAAACAAAUGUUUCUAAUGGAAGAACUGGCAAACGAUGUGCUGUUCGCAAGUGGGCUGCUGGAAAGCAUGCAGGGGCUUCAGCACAAAAGCGGCCAAGUCCUUGUAAAGAGAAUUCAGGUGGUGAUGAUGAUUUUGUUGCUGCACCAUCAAAAAGGUCAAGGGAGAAAAGACUGUCUGGCUUUUCUGAAAAGGAAAUGAAGAAACCAAGUAAUAGUGGUGGGGAACUGAACAGUGAGCAUUCAUCUGGUUCAGCUCCUACCGCGGCUGAUGGGAGUAAGGAAGAAGCAGAUAAAAAAGCUAGGCGUAUUCUUGAAGCGAAGUUAUUAUUAAAAAAGACGAGUAGAAGUCAAAGUAUUCAGGCAAAAGAAGACGAAGCUCAUGUCUCUGAGAAGCAAGAGUCAAAUGAUCUAGAUAAUGGUAAUGGACCUGAAUCUGGAGAAGAAAUUGCCUGUCCUGAUGUACAGUUCAGUGAUUUCGACAAGGACAAGUCUGAGAAUUGUUUUGAUGUUAAUCAAAUGUGGGCUUUGUAUGAUGAAACUGAUUCCAUGCCCCGGUCCUAUGCUCAGGUCAAGAAAAUUUCCUUACCAGGUUUUAAGGUGCUGAUUACUUGGCUGGAGGCUUGUCCAGGUACUAAAGAAGAGAAAGAUUGGAAUGAAAGGGGUUUUCCAGUUUCUUGUGGUAUGUUUGGUAAGGGUGACACUACUGUAAUCAAACACCGUCAGAUGUUUUCACAUCAAAUUCAUUGCACAAGAGGAAAAGACAAGGACAGUUUCUUAAUCUACCCUAAGAAGGGCGAGACAUGGGCGCUCUUUAAGGAUUGGGAUAUGAAACUCGGCUCCAAACCAGAAAAGCAUAAUUGGCCAGACAGCUUUGACUUUGUCGAGAUUGUCUCAGAUUUUAGCGAGGAAGCUGGCAUUGGGGUUGCUUGGCUCGUUAAAGUGGAAGGCUUUGUUAGCAUCUUCCAGAGAGUUCACAUUCAUAAGGUCAUCUCAGUUUGCAUAAAUCCCUCUGAAUUGCACAGAUUUUCGCAUCGCAUUCCCUCACGCAUGAUGACUGGCAAAGAAGCAAAAGGUGUCCCUCCUGGGUCGUUUGAAUUUGAUACGGCUGCCUUGCCUAGCAGUCUUUAUAGCUUCAAUACGAAGGCAGAUGAGGUACAUUCUAGUAAGGGAGCAACUAGAUCUUAUUCACACUAUAAAAUGGAACCCACUAGAUCCUCUCUGAAGACAUGCUUACCAAAUAUGAGUGAGAUUGAUCCUCAUAGACGUACCCUAGUUUGUGGGUUAGCUGCAAAACUGCCAGAUGGUAUACGGUUUAGAACUCCUGCUGCCAGUCACUUUGGAAUCGAAAGAGAUGUAUGUAUUGCCCAACCCCAGAGGCCAAGUACUUCAUUUCAGGCUGCGGAGAAGUUCAUUCCUCAGGUGAAGUAUAAUAAUAUUGAACUCAGAGGACAUGUACCAAUGCAAGGCAGAAGAUCUUCCAAGGUCUCGAGCAAGGCAAAUGUCAGUGGUGGUGGAAGAAAUACAAACCCAUCUGUUAGUGUAGAAGAUCUCGAUAUGAAUACUUCAUCAGGCAUUCGAGCGGAUGAUUCAGAAAGUAUUGCAGAAACAACCCCUGCAUCAUCCUCAUCCAAGCGGAAGAUCGAAGUAGCAAAGCAUAAUUUCAAGGCUGAAAGGUCUGAAGAUAAGUUCAAAAGCGGUCAGGUGUGGGCUGUUCGAAGUGAUGAAGAUACAAUGCCGAAGAAUUAUGCUCUAGUGAAAAAAAUUGAAUCUUCCCCCUCUUUUAGAUUGCAUGUGGCUUUACUCGAGCCCUUGUCUUCCUCAAUUAUCAAGAAUCAAUCUAGUAGUUGUGGAACGUAUAGAGAAGGAAAAACUGUGGUGGUUCCUCUUGGCCAGUUUUCUCAUCCGGUGCAUGUUGAAUCAAUUGAGAAGAACAAGUACCAGAUAUACCCUAGAAAGGACGAGAUAUGGGCAAUAUACGACAACUCAGAGUCUGAUCGGGGUAAUGGAGAAUUCAGGAUUGUGGAGGUGGUUGAAAGUAAUGAUAGUGCUGUAAAAGUUGUGACUUUGACUGCAUUGAAGAAGUUUGCUGGGUUCGAGACGUUCUACAGAGGCCCCAAGAGUCGGAGAAGUGGCCAUAUGGUGGAGAUACCUCUUGCUGAGAUCAGCCGAUUCUCUCAUCAAUGCCUAGCAUACUAUCACAGAGACGUCCUGAGUGGAUAUUGGGAGCUCGAUCCUUCGUCUAUUCCCAGUCAAGUUAUUCUUCUGGAAUGA